GCAGUUGAGAGACACUAAACCAGGGAGCGGACUUGAGGAGACAGGGACGUUGGGAGAGACUUGGCUAGUUUAUGACAAGCGAUAAUAUUUGGAUCAGGAUGGGUGGGCUUAUUACAUCAUUGAUACUUAGAUAAGGAAUAAUGGGCUAAUUAUAUGAUAUUAAAAACUGGAGGGGUAGACUUAUAAUUCGCCAUAAGCUGGGAAGAGUCUGCUUGUUAUAGUAACGUUGAUACUGGGGCAGUUAACGUCUGGCUUGCUGUAUAUAACCUUGCCUGAGAUGGGAGGAAAUUACAGCCGAGGGGAAGACAGGAGGCCUUUGAGUUUUCCAGGCUUCUCUGCGCUGUGUUGUUGUCAGAAAAAGAGUACGGAAGAGACGCCCUUGGGUUUCUGCGAUGUUAAGCCACGAAGAAGCACCCCGUGCUUUGGAAGGGAAAAUCCUGCUUAUUUAGACAUGGCAUACUUUCCUGACAAUGAUCUACACAUGGCGGUCUGUUCAGGAGAUGUACCUCUUGUGCGGCAGUACUUGACUCUGGGUAGAUACGAAGUCAAUCACAGAGACGGGGAGAAUAGGAAUGCCAUGCACUUUGCUAGCUUCUAUGGACGUUUAGAACUGGUGAUACAUCUCUGGAGGCGUGGCUGUGAGAUUAAUGUGUGUGACAAUCAUAACAUCACACCCUUGAUGAAGGCUGUCGAAAGCUGGGAGGACAAAGUCGUGUGUUUUCUGCUAGAGCACCAUGCUAACCCGCACAUUAAAGACAGCAGGGGUAACACCGCUCUGCAUUAUGCCGUCUAUGGCGAGAAUUCAGCAAUGGCUGCCAGGCUGCUACAGUACGGAGCAAAUAUUGAGGAAAGGACGAACGAUAACCUCACACCACUCUUGCUUGCUCUCAGGGAGAACAGACUGAAGAUGGCACAAUUCUUAGUAAGGAUGGAAGCAAGUGUACAUGCAGUUGACUCACAAAGAAGAAAUUCUCUCAUGUAUGCUGUAAGAUGUGACUCGCCAGUUAUGGUCAACCUUAUUCUUCAAAAAGGUGUUGACAUAAAUUUUAAAGAUUUAUUUGGUUGGACUGCUUUACGUUACGCUAUUAAAGGUGAACGUAAUGUGAGGACAAUACUUUUGGAGUAUAAGUAUAACCUGAUACAAAGUUUAAGAGAGAGAAAUCAAGCAUUUCAGAGUUCUGAAAACUCUUCAGUCAGGCCUAUCAACCAAGCGGAUACUGAAGUGACGUCACCUACAGCAGAUGAGAAAGUGAUUGAAAUGCAAGACCCUCUUACAACCAAUGAAGCAAGUACGGAGAAGAUACAAACCUACAGACCAGAACCAGAAUCUGAAGUAGAGGUGAUGUCUUUAGAAGAUGAAAUCAGUUGCAAAGAGACUAUAAAUAAUCCACAGCAGGUAUGUAAGUAUUUAAAGUUAAUUCGUCAACAAUACUGUUUUGCUUUAAGACUUUAGCAUAGGUUAAAAGAAACUAAUCAAGCAUUCUGCUAGCUAGGUAGUUAAAAAUGCACUACUCACUUUCAUCUGGUUGUUUAGGACAAUAGUUUCUGACUUGUUUUCUUUCUUCUGGACCCAAAAGAACCCUAAUAAUGAUAUUGCCAUAUUAUAUCUAUAGACUCUUAAAAUUUUACUGAUUUUUUUAAAAUUAAGAAUAAGCCUAUUGGUCUGAUUAACAAAUUGUUGUGUGCUAUAAAUACAAUUGGAUUUCAUAUUUAGGUAAGUGUAAUUGAACAUAGACUACAUUAUAUUUGUUAUUACUAGAGUAUCAGUUUCUACUUUGUAUAAUUUAAAUUACCCAAAGUUCAACUUUUCAGCUGGGUCACUUAAGCAAUCUAGACCAGACCUUUUUGGUGAACAUUAGAUCUUUCAGCAUAAAAAGAUAGUAUGUGGCAAACAUGAGGUAAACACUAAAAUGUAUCCUAUGCAGACAGAUCCAUAUCUGCCUCCAUUUCAGAGGAUAGAUAUGGGCAACAUCCCUAUUCUCACAGCCUCUCCAGGAAUAAUACUGUCCUGGUAUAACGAUUUGCAAGUUUGGGAGGUCUUUUCAUAUUUUAGAUGGGUCAUAGGUUGACCAACACCUUAUUAAUUUUCUUAAUUUUAGCAAUGUUGAAAGUCCUAGUUUAAGAGAAGUUCAUAAUUUACCAAGUUUACCUUGGGGUACAGUAGACAGAAGAAAGUUCUGCACCUGCCUAAAUCAUUGGAGUAAACUCAAAAAGUUGAAUUGGAACCCAGAUAUUUACCUUCCUUCUUAUAAUGUUUCAAUGAAUUUCUUUUCAUUCACUCACGUAAUCUGUUCAUUUAAAUUAUCGCAUAGCUAUUAGGCACAAUUUGGUAAGAACAGUAAUUAGGAUUCAUAAAGCCAUGGUUUAGUAAUAAUGUUGUUAUGGAGACAGAGUUUUGCUCUGAGAUAUAACAAAGAUAACUUCAUAGACACAUGUGGCAGAAGGUCUGAAUCAGGCACCUCUUAUAAAGCCUGCAGGGAAUGCAGGAGUCUAAGUGCAGCCUGAUUUGAGUCUAAAAGAACCCAACUAUGUGAAGGAGGAGAUUCUCCUGAAAUAUAAGAAGACUAGUAGGAGGUGACACUAACAGGAAAUCCCACUGUGUGUAAAGGUGUUUGCAUUUAAUAUAUUUUAACUUUGGGUAAGAUAACUUACUGUGCCUCAAAUUUGUCAUCUGUGAUGUCAAGAUAACAUUGGGUUAUUAAAUGGAAUAAGUCAUGCAAAUGUUUUACCUAUGUAUAUAAUAUUAAAGCUCUGUUUAUCAUGUUACAUUGUAUCCAGGAUUCUGCUAUGCAUUCUGUGUGACUUCCAAGCCAUCUCACUGCAGUGUUUUCUAGUUCAAACACUGGAUAAAUCUUAAUUAGCAGUUUCUAACAGUUACGUUUUUUAAAAAGUGGAUGGUAAUAUGACAAACAUUUUAAAAUAAGACAGUGUACAUAAUGAGCAUUCAGCUAAUACUGAUGUCCUAGUGAGCAAUAAUUCAAAAUGAAUUAAACAGAUUGCAAAUACUUGUAGAGUCCUGACAAGGUUAAAUGUUAAAUACUGCAAAUAUUUUGCCAUGAUGGUGGCAUAGAAUAUUUUUUUAAAGUAUUACCAUCUGUAAUUUGGGUAAAAAGGCCUUGGGAAAAACGAGACAACUUUGACAGUAUGCUAUUUACCUUAUUGAAAACCAUUUAAUAAAUUGAUUUUCUCCUUUCAAUUUUAUGGCACUAAGAAAAAAUACAAAAUGAGUGGUUGUUUCAUAUCAUUUCUGACGAAUGUUACUUAGGUUUCCCUUGUGUCAAAACACCAUUACAAAAGCAUCUCCAUGAGGAAAUGGUUUAUUUUAGCUUAGAGUUGUGUUGUAGCUCAUCACCAAGGGAAAUCAAGGCAGAAUCCCAAAGCAGGGACCAGGAGGCAGGAACUGAAGCAGAGGUCAUGGAGGAGUGCUGCUUACUGGCUUUCUCUCCCUGGCUUGCUCAAUCUGGUAUCAUUAUACCACCCCAGGACCACCUGUUCAGGAGUGGCGCCACUCAACAGUAGGCUGUGCCUACCCACAUCAAUCACCAAUCAAGAAAACUGACACCUCCACAGACUUGCCCAUGAACCCCAAUAGAAGCAAUUCCUUGGUAGGAGCUCUCAGACCCUAGCCUCUUUAAAGUUGAUAAAAAUGCUAACAAGAACACAGAGUUUCUUCCCGUUGUUGUUAUUCUGUGUAGAAUUUCUUGUUAAUAAAGUUGUUAAAAUGU